AUGACUCCCUCAAUUUCAGAAAUUCAGACGCCCGUCAUCACAACUACGCAAGCUGAAGCGGACGCCUUCCCGCAGCUUGACGGGCUGAAGACUAAGAUGGUUGGGUCUAUGAGUACCGAGGCGCCAGCAGUUGCAAAUGGGUAUGCCAACAAUGGCCAUGCUGAUUACAAGAUCCGCGAGUCGCCUAUGGGCACCAAGCGGAAGCUGAAGGUCAUCUUCAUGGGCAUGGGAUGCAGUGGCAUCAACUUCGCCCACCAAGUUCAGACCCGAAUGGAAAACAUUGAGCUCACGAUCUAUGAAGCAAAUUCGGAUCUGGGAGGGACUUGGCUCGUGAAUAGAUAUCCCGGAUGCGCCUGCGAUAUUCCCAGUGUCUGUUAUCAGUACAGCUGGCAGAAGAAGCCUGACUGGGAACGAUACUAUUCAGGUUCCAAGCAAAUAUACCAGUACUUUCGCGAUAUCGCUGCAGAUCGCGACGUUCUAAAAUUUGCGAAAUUCGAGCAUAAGAUCAUCCGCGCGGAGUGGAUAGAGGCUGAUGGCCAAUGGAAAGUCACUAUUAUGCGCAACGGCGACCCUUCAGACACCUUCGACGAUUAUGGGGAUUAUUUCCUUCACGGCGGCGGGGUUCUAAAUAAUUGGAGAUGGCCACAGAUUAAAGGAUUGGGCGAUUUUCAGGGUCCGCUCGUGCACACUGCUCGAUGGGACGACAGCGUGGACCUAGAGAAUAAGAAAGUGCUCAUCAUAGGUGCAGGAAGUUCCAGUGUACAGGUGGUUCCGACCAUCAUUGACAAAGUCGACCAGCUCUUCGUCGUUGCCCGUUCACCUAUCUGGGUCACGGCUGGUUUCGCUCCUGCAUAUGCUGGCACACAAGGAGAAAACUUCUACUACUCGAAAGAGACCCAGCAAAAGUUUCGAGACGAUCCCGAGUUCUACCUAUCAUAUUGCAAAGCCAUCGAAUCCGAGUUGAAUGUUCGCUUCAAGUUUUACAUCAACGGAUCCACCGAUGCAAAGGAAGCUAGAGAAUACUCGAUCAGGGAGAUGCAGAAGAAACUUUCUAAGAAACCUGAGCUCAUGGAUAAGCUGAUCCCCAGCAACUUCGGCGUCGGCUGCCGACGUCCUACUCCUGGGAACGGCUUUCUCGAGGCUUUAACUCUUGACAAAACCACCGUCUUGACCGAAGAAAUUCAGGAAAUCACGAACACUGGAUUCAUAGAUGGAAAAGGAAUUUCCCACGAGGUCGACGUUGUCAUUUGCGCCACUGGCUUUGAUACUAGCUUUCGUUCGGCGUUUCCCCUCCUUGUUGGAGACAAGAACUAUCAAAAUGAGUACGACGAGGGAGACGUUCAAGGAUACCUGGGCCUCUCGGUACCUGGUGUCCCGAACUAUUUUGUCUUCAUUGGCGCUUAUGGUCCCCUCGGGCACGGUUCCGUAAUCCCUAUGGUGGAGGCGUAUACCAACUAUAUUAUCCAAGUGCUAGAAAAAGCGCAGGUCGAGGACAUAAAAAGUGUCCGGGUCAACCAUUCUGUUGGGGAGGCAUUCACCAGACAUGCUGACCUGUACUUAAAACGGACGGCUUGGUCUGGGCCUUGCAGUUCUUGGUUCAAAAAUGGCAUUCCAGGCCACAAACCUCUGUGUUGGCCAGGCUCCAGAGUUCAUUAUCUCUCAAUGCUUCAGAAGCCUCGUUUCGAGGAUUUUGACAUUGGUUAUAUUUCAGACAAUCGGUUCAAUUUUCUAGGAGAUGGUUUCGAUGUUCGCGAGUUUGAUGGACGGGACAUCACCUGGUAUUACGGGCUCUUAAACAAUCAGGACAAGCAGCCAGAGUCUUUUCCGGACCCUGUUUAUUGA